AAGGCAAGGGGCUGACAGAGGCAGGCAGGUCGACUAGCAGAGCCCGGCUGCAGCCACCAUCACGAUUGCCACGCCCAGUGCUGGGGCUGCUUGGUGACCCAUUUCUGGGUGCCCUGAACACCAUGGACCCCAGUGGCCAGGCCUGCGCACUCUCCUCACUCUAUGUGGGCGAUCUGCACCCCGAUGUAACCGAAGCUAUGCUCUAUGAGAUGUUCUCCCCCAUCGGCACUAUUCUGUCCAUCCGCGUGUGUCGGGAUGUGGCCACCCGGCGCUCGCUGGGCUAUGCCUACAUCAACUUCCAGCAGCCUGCUGACGCGGAACGGGCACUGGAUACAAUGAACUUUGAGAUGAUCAAAGGCCAGCCCAUCCGAAUCAUGUGGUCCCACCGAGACCCAGGGCUUCGAAAGUCUGGCAUGGGCAACAUCUUUAUCAAAAACUUGGAGAAUUCCAUUGACAACAAGGCUCUCUAUGACACCUUCUCCACCUUCGGGAGCAUCCUCUCUUCUAAGGUAGUGUAUAAUGAACAUGGAUCGCGGGGCUUCGGCUUUGUACAUUUUGAGACCCAUGAGGCUGCCCAGAAGGCCAUCAACACCAUGAACGGGAUGUUGCUGAAUGACCGAAAAGUCUUUGUAGGCCACUUCAAGUCUCGUCAAAAGCGGGAGGCAGAGCUGGGGGCUCGGGCCCUGGGAUUCACCAACAUCUAUGUGAAGAAUCUGCACAUGGACUUGGAUGAGCAGGGCCUCCAGGACCUCUUCUCCCAGUUUGGAAAGAUGCAGAGUGUGAAGGUGAUGAGAGACAGCAAUGGCCAAUCCAGGGGCUUCGGCUUUGUCAACUUUGAGAAGCAUGAGGAAGCCCAGAAGGCCGUGGACCACAUGAAUGGGAAGGAUGUGAGGGGACAGCAGCUGUAUGUGGGUCGGGCCCAGAAGCGGGCAGAGCGGCAGAGCGAGCUGAAGCGCAGGUUUGAACAGAUGAAGCAGGAGAGGCAGAGCCGCUACCAGGGUGUGAACCUUUAUGUAAAGAACUUGGAUGACUCCAUUAAUGAUGAGAGGUUGAAGGAAGUUUUCUCUGCCUAUGGAGUGAUCACCAGUGCUAAGGUGAUGACAGAAAGUAGCCACAGCAAGGGUUUUGGCUUUGUCUGCUUUUCCUCUCCAGAAGAGGCAACAAAGGCUGUGACGGAGAUGAAUGGGCGCAUUGUGGGUACUAAGCCUCUGUAUGUGGCCCUGGCGCAGCGCAAGGAGGAGCGGAAGGCCAUCUUGACCAACCAGUACAGGCGGCAGCUCUCUCGCCCUGUCUUGAGCUCCUUCCCGCAGCCCCCCAACUACGUACUGUCUGCCGUAUCCCAGUCUACAGCACAGGCUGUGUACUAUGGUUCUGGCUCCAUGGCUCCAAUGCAGCCUGACCCCAGGUGGACAGUCCAGCCACACGGACCUUCGUCUACCUGCCCUCCGUCCGCCUCAGUGGUCCAGCCUCUCGGCACGAUGCAACAUCCCCGCAUUCACCUCAACAGUGCCAGCCAGGCCUCCAGCCAGGUGCCUCACACACAGAGAGUAGUCAACAUUGGUACCCAGACUACAGGAUCAGGUGGGGAGGGAUGCUCUAUUCCAGGCCAGCCUCUCCUGACACAUAGAGGAGCUUCAGCUGUACACAGUGCCCAUGGGGUCCAGGAGUCGGCUGUGUAUGUCCCUGGCCAUCAGCCUCUGACUGUGUCCAUGUUGGCUGCUGCACCCCUGCAUGAGCAGAAGCAAAUGAUUGGGGAGCGUCUCUACUCCCUCAUCCAGGACACCUGCGCCCCACUGACUGGCAAGAUCACGGGCAUGCUGCUGGAGAUGGACAACCUGGAGCUUCUGUUAUUGCUGGAGUCCCCAGAGUCCCUCCAUGCCAAGAUAGAAGAGGCGGUGGCAGUGUUGCGGGCGCAUCAGGAAACGGAGUCAGCCGAAGGCAACAGGAACUGAACACAGUGGGUGGCUGGGGGCGGAAGGACCCACGACAGAGCAGCUGAGCUCUUCUCAGGAGACCCUGUCGAGGCCGACAUCCAAAAACUCACUUGUGAUGUGCUGGUGACUGAAGCGCCAAGGAGUUUGGUGAAGUUGAAGUCAUAGGAGACACACGCAGCUGUCCUGCCAGGCCUCAGACUUUACUGCCUGGCUUCCUUCUGCCCGUCUGAAGGCCUGGUCUGCUGUGAGAUAGCCCACCUUCUUAUGACUGGGUGUCUUACAUAUUUGGGAACAAUUUUUUCCUUCCCCCAUUGAAAAUGGAACCCUCACUCCUUUGACUGCCAAGUACAGCAUUUCUGCUCUUGGUUCUAAGGUCCUGUGAACCCUAACUUAUUUCCUGAUUGGCCUCUCUGUUCUUGAGCUCUAGAGGUGAAAUGAAGGCUGGACGCACAGUCCACUGCUAAUCUUUUUCCUUUGUAUAUUAAAAAACGUUGCAAAAUC